AUAAACACUUCGACAAAAACAGAGCAGAGGCAGAGAGUUGUCAAGACUGCAACUUUCGUCUCCCCACAUUUCUCAUGCUCUGAUAAGGCCUAGAACCCAUUCUCUUCCGACCCCAUUACUCCAAAAAUAUGCUCAAACUCCUCAACAUGAACCUCCGCCGCCUCUACUGCCGCCUCCGGUGGCCCAUUCACCGCCGUUCCAAGCCCAAAAUUGUCGUCAAAAGGUUCGGGAAAACUAACUCCAGAGCUCAAUAUGAUGAGAAAAACGAAACGAGCCUUAAUGGGUCGGCCGCGGUUCAUCCGAAUGGGGAAUUGGGUGAUCUAAAGUCGGAGAAACCGAUACGGAUAGCCACUUUCAAUGCGGCCCUGUUUUCUAUGGCACCUGCAGUUCCUGAGGCCGAGAAGACGGCGAGUUUUGGCGACGAGAAUGGAGAUACAAUGAAGAGCACGCGGUCUAUGGACAUGAUAAAAUUACGAACAAAGUCGGCGAAUGAUCGUCCGAAGAGCAUUCUGAAGCAAUCUCCCCUGCAUCCCAGUUCCAUAAAUGGUACGGACAAUCUUUCAAAGCAACAAAAGUUUGAGAAAUCAAAGUUACGGGUAUCGAUAAAUUUGCCUGAUAACGAGAUUUCUUUAUUGAGGAAUAGGCAAUUGAGCUUUGAUGAAAGGGAGGGUUCUUCUUCUUCUUCUUCUUCUUCUGCCGCUUCAGGUAGUACAAUGAGUAGAAUUUUGAAAGGAAAAGCUCCUUUGAGAUCCACAGCGAGCUUCUUUGCAAGUACGGUAAAUGGUGAGGGCUAUAGGAGUCGUCGGACUGUUCUUGAAGUUCUGAGAGAAUUGGAUGCUGAUAUAUUGGCUCUGCAAGAUGUGAAGGCAGAGGAAGAGAAGGCCAUGAAGCCUCUGUCUGAUUUGGCUGGUGCUUUGGGGAUGAAUUAUGUGUUUGCUGAGAGCUGGGCGCCAGAGUACGGCAACGCCAUCUUGUCCAGGUGGCCGAUUAAGCGGUGGAAAGUUCAGAAGAUCUACGAUGAUUCUGAUUUCAGGAAUGUUCUAAAGGCCACGAUUGAUGUACCCCACAUGGGGGAAGUCAAUUUCAACUGCACCCUCCUUGAUCAUCUUGAUGAGAACUGGCGGAUGAAGCAGAUAAAUGCAAUGAUUCAGUCUGGUGAUGAACCUCACAUUUUAGCUGGGGGUCUCAAUUCACUUGAUGAAACAGAUUACUCGCAAGAAAGAUGGACUGACAUCGUAAAUUACUAUGAAGAGAUGGGAAAGCCAACACCAAAGGUGGAAGUGAUGAGAUUUUUGAAGAGUAAACAAUAUACAGAUGCUAAGGACUUUGCAGGAGAAUGCGAGUCAGUAGUCAUGAUUGCCAAAGGCCAAAGUGUGCAGGGAACAUGCAAGUAUGGAACUCGGGUAGAUUACGUAUUGGUAUCACCAAAUUCGGCGUACAAGUUUGUUCCUGGAUCAUAUUCAGUCUUUUCAUCCAAAGGGACUUCUGAUCAUCACAUAGUGAAAGUUGAUAUUGUGAAAGUAAUUAGCACUGCUGAAGAAAAUGUCACUAGAAAGCGGCGACAACCAAAGCAGAAAGUUGUAAAGAUAACAACAAAAUCUUCUCCAUCGAAAGGUAUUUGGAAGAAGCACACAUUGACAGAGAGAAACAAAUAAUUUUUUCUUUUCUUUUCCAGUUUUUGAGGUACAUUUUCUUCUGCUGUGCUUGGUAAAUAAUUUAAUUAACACUGUUUUUA